CCCGACGGCGCGCGGGGCCCCCAGCCAUGACCUUCGGGCGCAGCGGGGCGGCCUCGGUGGUGCUGAACGUGGGCGGCGCCCGGUACUCGCUGUCCCGGGAGCUGCUGAAGGACUUCCCGCUGCGCCGCGUGAGCCGGCUGCACGGCUGCCGCUCGGAGCGCGACGUGCUGGAGGUGUGCGACGACUACGACCGCGAGCGCAACGAGUACUUCUUCGACCGGCACUCGGAGGCCUUCGGCUUCAUCCUGCUCUACGUGCGCGGCCACGGCAAGCUGCGCUUCGCGCCGCGGAUGUGCGAGCUCUCCUUCUACAACGAGAUGAUCUACUGGGGCCUGGAGGGCGCGCACCUCGAGUACUGCUGCCAGCGCCGCCUCGACGACCGCAUGUCCGACACCUACACCUUCUACUCGGCCGAGGAGCCGGGCCCGCGGGCGCGCGAGGGAGCCCGAGCCGCCGGGCCCGAGGCGGCGCCCUCCCGCCGCUGGCUGGAGCGCAUGCGGCGGACCUUCGAGGAGCCCACGUCGUCGCUGGCCGCGCAGAUCCUGGCCAGCGUGUCGGUGGUGUUCGUGAUCGUGUCCAUGGUGGUGCUGUGCGCCAGCACGCUGCCCGACUGGCGCACGGCGGCCGCCGACAACCGCAGCCUGGAUGACCGGAGCAGGAUAAUUGAAGCUAUCUGCAUAGGGUGGUUCACUGCGGAGUGCGUUGUGAGGUUCCUCGUCUCCAAAGACAAGUGCGACUUUGUCAAGAGACCCCUGAACAUUAUUGAUUUACUGGCAAUCACGCCGUAUUACAUCUCUGUGCUAAUGACAGUAUUUACGGGCGAGAACUCCCAGCUGCAGAGGGCCGGAGUCACCUUGAGGGUGCUCAGGAUGAUGAGGAUUUUUUGGGUGAUUAAGCUCGCCCGUCACUUCAUUGGUCUUCAGACACUUGGUUUGACUCUCAAGCGAUGUUACCGGGAGAUGGUUAUGUUACUCGUCUUCAUUUGUGUUGCCAUGGCAAUCUUUAGCGCACUUUCUCAGCUUCUUGAACAUGGGUUGGACCUGGAAACAUCCAACAAGGACUUCGCCAGCAUCCCCGCUGCCUGCUGGUGGGUGAUUAUCUCUAUGACUACAGUUGGCUAUGGAGAUAUGUAUCCUAUCACAAUGCCUGGAAGGAUUCUUGGAGGAGUUUGUGUUGUUAGUGGAAUUGUUCUCUUGGCGUUACCUAUCACUUUCAUCUACCAUAGCUUCGUGCAGUGUUACCAUGAGCUCAAGUUUAGAUCCGCCAGAUAUAGUAGGAGCCUCUCUGCUGAGUUCCUGAAUUAAUGCAUUGCAAAUCAAUACUUGCGUACACGUCGUUUGCGAGAAAGAGUUGCCGCCACCUCAUAUUCAUGUGUUUCUUGUUGGGUGAGCACUGCAGAGGCAUUGUCAUCAUCUCGGUAGGGUAAAAAUUAUCCUUCCCAGCUGAAGGGAGAACACAGUUUAUUUAUUAUGGAGCAAAUAGGGAUUGAGACUGCAAAGGAAGAGUAAUGACUUCUAGAGUAAAAUUUAGGAUCUAAUUUUAUUUAGACCGCUCUCUUCCUUGCCUUGAACAAUUACAUAUUUCUGGUUUUUUUUUUUUUUUUAAAGUACAUUAUUUGAACACUUUAAAACAGAAUGAUUCUAUUUUCCAAAUGUUUUCCAUCUUAAUGAAUUCAGAAGAAGCUUGGAACUUCGGUGUUAUUUUUGAGACUAACAUUUUCAUUUCUAAAUGUUUUAUAAUUUCUUGUAUCAAUGUCAGAAGUAUUCUGGAAACAUAUGUCACAUGCAAGAACUGUUUAACAAAUACUUUAAAAAUUUGGCCAAAAUUUAAACUGCAUAAUGGAGCUAGAUACAAGUGAGGAUGUCACUUGAAAAACUUUUCCGUACUUCCCUACCCUCUGCUCUAUUUUUGUGCCUAUUAUUCUCCUUGUCGUAUAGCUUCACGGAGGCUCGAGUAUAUUUUCUUGUUUCCAUUUUGGAUUUCUUUUAUCUCUUUACUGAAACGACUUCAAAAAAGUAUUGAAGAGUGCCGAGAGUUUGUAUUGUUUACCGUUAUGUUAGAUAAUACUAUAAUUCAUUGCUGUUACUAGGUGAUAAUCAUCCUAACUUUCAGAUGUCCAAAUAAGAAUAUUUCCAACGUGAAAAUAGAAAUAGGUUGAUAGUAUCAGUAUUACAACCCAUAUUUCUUCUGCUGCUUUUAACUUUCCCCCACACUCCAUGAAUUUAGUAAAACUUACCAGAUGAAAGAAUAUUUCUGUAGCCUUUUGAUACCAAAGUCAUACUUACGUGUUGUCACUGAAUUAUCAUUAAAAAGGAAAUGUUAUUGUGCUCUUAGUUCCUCUGUAGCUAAGUCAAUUUUAAGCCAGCCAAAAGCAAUGAAUACAUAAUUAUUUGAUCUGAUCUUCAGUAUUGUGAAUCACAGCUACACUAAAACUCUUCUUGUGAGACUGUUAAUAUGCUAUAUUAAUCUUGGCUAGAUUGUUAGUUCUAGAUAAUGUAUAAGUGAUGAUUGUGCAGAGCUAAAUUUUAGCAAUAUGAAUUAGAAUUUUGCUUUUUUGACCAACUGCUCUAGAGGUCAUAUAUAAACAUAAAAAACUAAAGUCACAGAUUUAUGAAUAAUUUAGUGUGCACACUGUCUGUUUACCGGGGAUGGGUUGGGGGGCAUGGACAGGACAGAGACCUGGCUAUAUUUAUCAAAGGAAGGGUCACCCAGAGUGUUCGUUAAAGGAACAUCAGCCAUCAGUUAGUUCAGAUACAGGUAGAAGAGCAGGGCAGGAGAGUUCUCGUGCAGUUGGGAAGGACAAGGGGCUAAUGCCAGGGUCUCCAGAAACACCCAGCAGUUCACUCUGCAUUCCCCUCUGGGUUUUGACAAAAGCCUGGAACAACCACCUCAUUGGCUGAGGUAAUAAAACUAUUUCCUUUUCCCUAAUUUUGUUUCCUGAGUCUGUGUGAUAUUUUGGCCGUUAAAAAAUCUCACCUCCUCUUCCCCAAUACUUCUCAGUGCUCUGUUCUUUUUUAAAAUACUCAAAUUCUGUUAUUUAUUAUGUUAUUUAUUGUAUUUUAAUAUAACUGAAAUCCCUGGCAUGAAUUUAUUUAUUUUUCACCUAUUUGAAUGAAGGCUUUGUGAAUCGUGGCAAUAGAAGUGGAGAUGAUAGCACCUCCCCAUUCCUAAGAAAAUAUGGUGAAGUCUUAGUCGUAUCAGUACUGGGAACCCUUUAUGUAUAUUGUGCCCCCGGGUAGAUUGUCACCGUGGAGAACUCAGACAUUCCCUUGUGCAGCACUUCCAUACCUCACGGCGGCCGCUGCACACUUGUGCUACUAAGAGGGCCGGAGAGGUCUGUGGGAAGAGGCAGAGGGGUGCAGAGGCCGUGUGUGCAGCCACCCGCAUUAGCUAAUGGGCGAGAGCUCACUUCCUGUGACGCCGGCCUUUUCACAGGAGGAUUUUCAUUUGAAGAAGUCAUGUUGGGUAAAUGUUAAUGGCAGUUCAGCCACCCAUUUAUAAAGGAGAAGGCCGAGGUAGGGUAGAGUAUUUCAUUCAUAAAUGGAAAAAUAUAUGUCAGGAUUUUGUUUUCUUGGAUGAUGCAGCUUUCUAGGAGGAGACAUUUUCUUGGGAAGUGUUACUUUCUUGUGAAAUGUGACAUUUCCUGGAAUAUUACUGCUUUAAAAAAAAAAGCAUUCAGUAGCUCUUUUUUCUUAGUUGUCCCCUGAGGGGUUUCCUGUUCAGUCUUCAUGGCAGAAAGGCUUAGACUGGGAUCUGUAUCAGUAUCAGUAAGUCGGAUACUAUCCUAAACUAGAACACCCAAAGAGGAAAGAAGAGGCUCAAAUCUUUAUUUGGAUUUUACCAUACCUGAGCAUGCAUGAUUUGAUCUUAUAGAUGACUUGAUUUAUAUACUCCAAAAUGGAGUUUUUGGAGAUUAGAAAAACAAAAUCAGGGAAUAUAUGUGUGAAUGUGAACGUACUGUAACAACUCAGAACUGUGUUCUUUUACUACUGUGUUGUCAUUGCAGGUUGAAACGGCUGUGGCAUUUGUUCUCUUACAUUUGUAGACUUAUCGAUCAAUUCUUCCUUCCUUCCUUCAUUUUUGAAGGACUGGGGAUUGAACCCAGGCCGUCAUGCUGAGCUC